AUAUACAACGCCACUUGUUCUUUCUUGUUGUGCAAUGGCGGUCGUUUCGAUCACCUCGUUUUGCGCUUAAUUUCCGUCUGCUGGGAUAUCACGUUACAUUUCUACAUCCUACUGGAAAUAUGCAGAUUGAUGUACAGCGGGAUGUUUACGAUAAAUUUCAGCGCAUAAAGUCAAAAUAUUUCAGCGAGCUAUCCGAUAGUGAAUUUUUAUCUUCUCUACUGGAUCAUGUCGAUUCCCCUAACCUUCGAGAUGGACGUUCCUUUUUAGAUGAAAGUUUCUCCGGAAAACAGUUAAAGGCGGAAGGUUUGGAUGAACAUAGAAAAUGUCCUGAAUGCAAAUUUUCCACCUCCUCAACCGGUUCGCUACAUGAGCACUUUGAAUCGGCUCAUAAUGAAAAUGGAAGUUUUUCCUGUACCUGCGGAGAUUCGUAUUCACGUUUACCUGACUUUCUGCAACAUUAUAUUGAUUGCCCUGUGGCUGCCACGGAUCUGCAGGAUCCACCUAAAAACCCGCGCAAACGCGUUAAACGUUCGCCUGACUCUAAAGAUGAAGACACAACUGCAUCAGAUGCCAAUGGUAGUAUCGAAGAUGCUACGGAAACUUACUACUCUUAUCGUCAUCCUUCGGUAUCUCCUAUUGCUGGCCCAUCGGACGACAAACCAUUUGGAUGUCCAAAGUGCCUCAAAGGUUUCAAAAGUAAAUCUUUAUUGGAUCAACAUAUGCAUUUGCACUACCCUCCUCGGUAUAAGUGCAGAUGGUGUGGGAAUGUUUACAGAUGGCCACCUGUGUACUAUCAUCACAAGCAGAAAUGCAAGAAACGCCCGCUUCAUCAUAGUGGAUCCUUUACCCCUGCUAGCGAGUGUUCUGGUCUCGGUGGUUCUUACAGACAUCCAGAUCCUGCUCUUUCUGUUGAACAUUUCACACGGGCACAAACAACUUUCGCUCAAUUUAUGCACCUCCACAGCCUGCGUUUACUACAGCAGACGGGUUCCUCCAAUGGACAGCCCUUGUCAAAUCCUGCCGCGGCGGACGCACCGAACGUUAUUCCCUUGACGUGCAUUUGCUCGGAAGCCUUUCCCAAUUUACCGAGUUACCUUGAGCAUGCAAAGUCUUGUUCCAGCAUGUUGUCUGCGUCUACAGUAUUCGAGCACCUCGCUCCCCAUCCGUUAUUCCAUCCCCCUUCACUCGGCCUGGAUCUAUCCACUUCCGCUAUCCCCGAUAGUCCUGACCAAGACCGAUCGGUUGCGGCGGAUCUAUCCUCGUCAAAAGAUACAACUGCUAAUUACUCAUCUCAUUCGAAUGGGAUUUUUCCAUGCUCUAUCUGUGGUAAGGAUUUUAAUUCCAAGUUGUCUUUGAAGCAACACGUCGACGGGAAACAUCGUGCAGAAGGAAAAUAUCUUUGUCCCACUUGUGGAAAACGCUAUCGUUGGGGUGCUUCUUUUUAUUAUCACAAGAAAACUUGUGUUGUCUCCGAAGUGCCAUCAGUAGUGAACAAUCAAACUCCGGAAUUAUUGGCAAGUCACACUUAACUGCCGUAUCCACAUCUUACUAUCCUUGUUCUUCCCCAAACCACUUGCUCAUUUCCGCCUGUUUGGUCGCUCCAUUUUUAUCAUUCCUCUAAUUUCCCUCUAUCUUACUCGUCACUGCAGUUGAAUCGCGGGUUUUUAUCCAUCAAGGGUUACUUCAUCUUCAACUUUGAUCUUCGCACACCCACUACUUACCUGGAAGCCUUAGCCUUUUGUAUCCCCGUGCAUUUCAGCUUUGUUCUUCCAAGAUUACUUAGCUACUUUGCAUUCGCCCCAUUUUGCAUGGUUUUGUACUCGGUGAGUCGCCCGCAGCGUCUGUACAAAUUUCGCUGAUCUUACUCACCAAGUCUGUAGCCAACAAAAAGCAGACAUUUUUUCUCGCGCGCAGCCAAACUACUCUUGUAAUGGUGCAUUUAUCCAUACGAUGGGUCGCCUUCGUUUGAUAAUGAUCGCGUACCAGUUCGUUCCUGUGUGUCUGCUCCGGACUCAUUUGAUUAUCUAGUCAUUAUGUUAUCUUGAUCGUAUUCUUGAAUGGAUCCUUUGCUCACAAUCCAAGGCUGUCGUACGUAUAAACUUUUGACUUGAUAUGAACCAACCUAUUUUCGUUCCACCCUCGUUUCACUCUGGUAUUUUUAAUCUUAUCCAUGCGCUCUCCGGUUACAGCCUAAUUACGGUAGCUGGGAUUCUCGGGUAUCUUUUCGGAUGGUUGUGUAGCUGGACUUUCUUGACUCCUUUUCGACUGAAGACAGCUCAUAGUGCGUCCAUCCUUGAUCGUGUACACGAAUGUAUUCCUUUGCUCUCUAUUAUGCUUGGCUAUUCCCAUUCCCUUGGCUAAAUCUAUGUAGCCGUUCACUGGCCAUAAUAUUCGUUUAUCAGUACCUAAUCUCUAGUGUUUUGACAUGACAUCGUUGCUAUCCCCGUCUCCUUUCGUAAUUUGUGUGGUACCAGUUAGGGACACCAUUUAGCGCAACUGAUAACCA